GAUGUGUAGCGGGUGGGUGUUCAAGUACACAUUUAGAUGGAGUGUCCCUGCACUAUUUUCCAUUUAAAAAGGAACCACAUCUUGUACCAAAGUGGACUGCCUUUGUUAGACUUAAGAGAAAAUGGCCUGAGGGCCCUACUAAAUAUUCCAGCCUUUGUGAAUUACAUUUCGAUGACUCUUGUUAUCCAUUUGAGUAUCGAUUCAAAAAAUCACAAGGAAUUCCAGUGAAGAACAAAGUUCUAAAUCCUGGGUCAGUACCAACAAAACAUCACCCUAGUGUUUUAGGAAAACGUGAUUUGAGCUCUAUUGAGGAGGGUGAGGAGAAAUCCAAUGAGAGAGAAAAAAGAAAGGAAACGGAUAAGAGGGGCAUUUGUAAAACGAGAAAAUUUUAGAAUCAUUACAGAGAAAACAGAAGUUCAGAAUAAAUCUAUGCAAGAAGCUGAAGCUAGAAAAUCAGAAGAAGAUUCAAAUUGCACAAUGACUGACAAUGAAAUCAAUAAAGGUUCAGAAGGAUUUUCAAAAUCAAAAGAAGCCUUCAGUCAGACAAAAAGGUCAUGGAAUAAAAGAAGUAAAUCUAGCCAAACCAAAUCUAAAGCAUCUACCAAAGGGACUCAAAUAAAUAUGUAUCCUGCCCGAAGAAGUGUGGGUAUACAGUGCAAUAUAAACGAUAAUGAACAAUCUAUGAGUGAUCAAUUCCUAAGAUACGAGGAUGACAUGCCAACAGAAUCCUCCGACCUGAAAAUUUCUUCUGAUUCUGAAUAUCAAGAACAUCCUGAAAGUGAUGAUUCCAUGGAGUAUUCCUCCGAGGAAAAUGAAAAACCAAAUGCAAGAGAAGAGAAGAAAUUCAUUGUGUUUCAAUCCCAACUGAUGAAGUUAUUUCAUACCUGUUCCAAAUGCAAGUCUCCAGUUGUGGGGAAGAUAAAACAAAUAAAAGGAUCAUUCAUUUCAGUUGAAGUGGAAUGUAUUCUUUGUAAUCUAAAAUCAACAUGGAAUAGUCAACCCUAUAUUGGAGAGGUACCUGCAGGAAAUCUUCUGAUAUCAACAUCAAUUGUACUAUCAGGGUCCAUUCCAAGUAAAGCUCUCAGAAUGUUUGAAUUCAUGAAUGUUCAAGCUCCAAAACUGUCAACAUUUUACAAUCAUCAAAAGUGCUAUAUACAUCCUGGAAUUUUUCAUAUUUGGAAGAAUUUCACAAAUUCUUAUGUAGAAUAUGUGAAGCAACAAGGAAAUCCACUGGCUCUGGGUGGAGAUGGCCGAGCUGACAGCCCUGGACACUCUGCAAAAUAUGGGGCUUAUUCAGUGAUAGAUCUAGAUGAGGGGUUAAUUGUGCACAUAGAGCUUGUUCAGUCAAAUGAAGUCAAAAGUAGUUCCCACAUGGAAUUAGAAGGUUUGAUUAGAACAAUGGCUUAUUUUUGUGAUAUGGAGGUAGAAAUAGGCACAUUAGUAACUGAUCGGCAUGUCCAAGUCAACAAGUGGGUUCGAGAGAACUUGCCGAAUACACGUCAUGAAUUUGAUGUAUAG